UUUGUUUGGGUUUUUUUGGAGGGGGGCGGGGAGAGCUAGGGAGAGUUCCAGACAAAGUCUCUUUAUGUAGAUUAGCUCUGUCUAUCCUGGAACUCACUCUGUAGACCAGGCUGGUUUUGAACUCACUAAGAUCUGCCUGCCUCUGUCUCCCAAGUGCUGGGAUUAUAGGUAUGUGCCACCACAGUCCAAUUUUUAGCUCACUUUUUUUUUUUUUUUUUUUUUUUUUUUGGUUUUUCGGGACAGGGUUUCUCUGUGGUUUUGGAGCCUGUCCUGGAACUAGCCCUUGUAGACCAGGCUGGUCUUGAACUCACAGAGAUCCGCCUGCCUCUGCCUCCCGAGUGCUGGGAUUAAAGGUGUGCGCCACCACCUCUCGGCUAGCUCACUUUUUUAAAAAGAAAAAAAAUGACACUUCUUCCUAUUACACUGCCCUGCUGCACAAAUGAAGCCCCCACUGCAAUCAGGGAUAAAAUUCGAUUUCGCUUUGCUCCAGUCACUUUACACAUCCCCACCCCACAGGGAUCCCCACAGCUUUGGGUUGAUGUGACACCCUUUGAUUUUGGCAGUCCCAUUCUCCUGGAUAUUUAAACGCCUUCAAGGCUGGUUCACCUGCCCUACCCUAGGGAUUCUGUCCUGCGCAGCCACAUUGACCGGGAAGUCCCCGUGGACCGGAAUCCCCACGCAUGCUACGCCUCGCGUCACUGGGUUAUGGGGGCGGGGCGGGGCACGGAUUAAAGGGCCUAGGGACUGAUUGUUUAGGGUGUUGGAGACGGUGCAGAAUCUCUGGAUUUAGACUUUAAGAAUGGAAAAGCACUGGAGAAUAAGUAAAAGAUGUCGAAAUGGCACCAAAGGCUGUCUCAACGUGACUUGCCUCCAUGCUGAAUCCCUCUACUCUUCACGCUGUCAGGCCCUCGGAUCCUAGUUCUUCGCCCUAAAACAAGCAUAGUGCGCCGGCCGCGUGGUUCAUACCGGGAGGGGCGGGACAAGAGCCAGUGACGCAACCGUUGCUAUAGGAACUCGCCGCCUGCUCCGGUGCAGCAGUCUAAGCUGAGCUGCAUCCCGCCCCGGCUGUCCCCCAAAGCCGUGCUGCCGGGCCCGGGGCCCGCAGAGCGGGCGCGGCCUCCAAAGCCGCGAGGGAAAGGACCAGCGCGGGCGGCUGCGGCUCUGUCCCCGGGCCGCCCCCGCCCCCGCGCCGCUCCUCCGCGUCUCCGCAUCCCGGGCCCGCGCCUGCUUUCGCUCCCGCCGCGGCCCGGGCUCGCUUCGUCCCCGCCACAGCCACGGACGCCUCCGCUCCGGCUGCGACCCCAACCGAGAUCGAGACCUCAGUCCCUGCCCCGCCCCAGACCGCAGUCGGGCCAACUUCUGCCCAGGCCGGGACACCGGUGCCAGCCCCCGAGGCCCAGUCGUGGGGACCAUGCUGCCCAGCUCCAUCCAGAUUUCCGGGGAGCCGCUGUCAGGCGCUGAGGUGCGGGACAUCUGCCGCGGCCUGCGCGACAACGCGGUGCGCCUGCUCUCGCUGCGCGGUUGUCGCCUGUGUGACCGCGACUUCGGACGCAUCUGCCGGGCCCUAGCUGGAGCCACAUCCCUGGCGCAGCUCAACCUUAACCUGGGCGUCGUGUCCAGCCCCAGCCGCAUCAAGCAGCUGGCGGAAGCGCUACGGACCAACCGCUCCAUCCAGUCCCUCUUCCUGCACGGGAGCCCGCUGACGGAUGCGGGACUGGCCUUGCUGAACCCUGCCCUGGCUCUCCACCCUGCCCUGGUGGCUCUUGACCUGGGAGACUGCAUGCUGGGUGAUGAAGCCAUCAACCUCAUCUGUGGCCUCCUCCCUCCAGACGGGGCCAAGUCUGGUUUGAAGGAGCUAACACUGAGUGCCAACCCUGGCAUCACCCCUAAGGGCUGGAGCCGCCUCGCCAUUGCUGUGGCCCACAGCUCCCAAGUCCGCGUCCUCAACCUGGACUACAACCCCCUGGGUGACCAUGUGGCAGGGAUGCUGGCUGUAGCUGUGGCCUCAAGCCGUACCCUCGAAGUCCUAGACUUGGAGGGCACAGGGCUCACCAACCAGUCAGCUCAGACCCUACUGGACAUGGUAGAAAAUUACCCAACUGCUUUGCGGAGCCUGGUGUUGGCUGAGAACAGCAUUAGCCCAGAGCUGCAGCAGCAGAUCUGUGACCUUCUCUCUGAGGGGGAAGAAGAGGAAGACGGAGCAGGAGGGGCUGUCGACACCCAGGAGUGGGGGAGAGGCCGGGAGCCUACUCCCCACCAGAGGGGUGGCAGCUCCUGGAUGUGCCCCAGCGAUCCCAGCUCUCAGAUGGUGCUAAUGACAUCAGGACUAGGGGACAGUCUGUUAGCAGAGACCGAGAUGUGACUCUCCACGUGGGCUUCUGCGCAUCAUUGCAUUUGUAUGUGUCCCCACUACCUUCUUCCACAUGGCAGGGCAAGGUCCUGGCUGGGGCUCUGGCAGCUCCUGGCAGUGGUGGGAGGCUCUGAAGCUGUCACUGGGCAACAGCCUUGGGGGAUGGGGUGGGGAUGGGACUUGGACCCAGGGUACUGAACUUUGAACUUGGCAGCUCUGGCUGCAACCCGCUGGCUCGGAACAGAUUUUAUAAACUGCACAACCUGGCUUGUAGCUGUAGUCACUGGGGGAUGACCAGUGGGAGGGACUGGCAGUACCACUAAUCAGUGUUAGGGGGAUAUCACUCUACAGCUCCGACUCUAAGAGGUCAGCCUAGGUCUAGGACCUAGGGGUCCUGGGAGUUCAGACGCCUGAAGAUAACUGGAGCAAGAAGCUGAGCUGAACUGUAUCCUCCUUCUACAGGGAAGCUUAAUAUUAGCCCCGCUGUUAUCUGACACCUCCUCCUCAUGCCUGGGCCAAGGGAAGCCAGGUAGAACAGGCUAAAGGGAGUCUCUGGAAAAGACUAGGAGAAGUUGGAUGAGAAAUACUUAAGUGUUGGACAGGUGUUCAGCAGUUAACACUUGACCCCAGUUCCAGAGUACCAAGCCUCUGGCCUCUGUGGCCACCUGCAUGCACGUCUGCACACAUGCGUGCGCACACACAAACACUCAAAAAAUGUUAGCUAGGCAUGGUAGGUCAC